AUGGGAGCAGCCAAUGUUGUUGGUAAGAAAUCGAGAAUGUAGGAUAUACAGGGAAAUUAAACGUUUUUUUUUUUUGAUAAUAUUUGUUUAAUAUUAUACCUAAUUUUCCAUUCUCCCGUUUAGAAAGUUUACACAACAAAUCAAUGGGUAUUUUUCGAUUACAAUAGUCCAAGCGAGCGAUAGCUGGGUCUCUAAGUACACCUAAAACCAAUUUGUUUCUUCCCUGUUUAGGUUAAAGGGAAAAAAUAAAUGCAAACCAUUUUUUUCGAAAUCCGGGUUUAAAUUCGUGAUCCCUAGGAUGUCAAGUAACCAUUAGACUACGACAAAUAUACUUUAAAGUAGACAAUCAAGCUAAAGUUGUUUAAUAUAACACAUAAUAUCAGAACUUCAAAAAGCUAUAAUUUCGAAACUUAGUCAGUCCGCUCAAUUCUGACUUCAUCGUCGUUCUUAAAUCGGCCUUAUACAUAUGUUCAAAUUAAAUUUUUAUUUUAAAUAUAGGUACCUACAUUGUGUAAUGCGUUUCAAAUUACUCUAAAUAGGCAUAAAUAAAAUGUUAAUUUUAGGUAAGUAUAUUUGUCCGAUAGUAAUUAUUGGAUUAGGUGAUGAGUAAUAUUAAUUUGUUCACAUUUUAAAUGAUCAACAACCAACACAAAUCGGUUAGGUCGUAUAUACCAUACAUUGCAUUACGUUUUUUCAACAAUAAAAUAACUAGCCGGAAAUACCAUAAUACAUAAAUAUGUAUAUAUUUUUUUUGAAUUUCAGAACUGCGUCGUCGCACGUACUCGUAACAUACGACGCACGAGGUACCGGCCAUGAAUAACUAAUGUUAUGAGUGAAUGAGAUCAAAAAUUUAAAACGAUGAAAACGUUAUUCUGUAAUUUGAAAAAAAAUCGUAUUUUUCCCGGUUAUUAUGGAAACUUCUUUAAAUAUCAAAAAACGACCUACUGACAGUGGCGAUGUAUUAAAAGGAACAAAAUCGAUUUCUUGUCAUUUUUCGAUUGAAGUAAUAUUUCUGGUAGAAAACUCGAGAAUAACGCAAUGUAAACGGUAACGCCACGUGCGGCGCAACGUAAAUAUUUGCUCUUUUGCCUAUAAUUUUCUUUCGCGUUUUCCCAACUAAUAUGAAAACCCAUUAGAAAAUCGAAAAAUCACAUCUUCGAUGCAUUAAAUAGACAAAAUUUCCUUUCAUGGACAGUACUACACUCUAACAUCGGAGCAAUAUUUCCGGUAGAAAAAUUGUUCACAGACACAAAAAAAAAAAAAAAAACGAUCGGUGACGACCACGUGUGUUAACCGCAGUGUGGAGGCGGACGAUUUCGGCGGCGGCGCCGCCGUCAGCCCUUCAAAAUUCGACGCGUCGGCUGUCCCCACGCCGCGCCACCGGUGGAGGGGGUCGCGACCGCGCGGAGCCUCCGGAACAGCUGUGUGGCGCGUCGCGGCGGCCGCCUUUUAGCUUUCUGGCAACGGGUCCGAAGAAACGCGGUCCGCCUCACCGCGCCACCGCACCGUCUCGACGCCGACGUUUUACGCUCGCGACUUUUUCUCCGCAGACCCCGCCAAACGAAUGCGCGCGUUUACCGCGUACCGCGUAUAUACCACGACGGCGGUGA